AUUUUACCGCCAAACUGAGAUUUAAAUACGAAGAUAAUGUCCGAAUCCGAACACUGAGAGAAACGAAGUGAGAGGGCAUUGCAAUGGAAGAUGACGCCGUUUCACCCUCCGAUCCCAGCGAUUCGAGCGAAGAGUUCACCUAUGACGACGAAGAAGAUCUCAGCUACAAAUCUGACGACGAUGAUAACGAUGAUGAUGAACAAUCCACCGUCCGUUCAGCUCCACCAAAUGAAGAUCGAAAAUCGCAGAACGUGAUUGCUCUUCUAAGAGGCAAUAUUGUCGUCAAAAGACAGUCAGUACUUCCACGAGUUUAUUCAGUAACAGAGACUGCAGCAAAUGUUAGAAAGCCCUUUAAACCUCCCAGUUCUAAUGGUUACAUCGACAAAAAUGAACAACUGGUUCGCCGUCUCUGGGCUCGAAAACGCUUUGUGCCCUGGGGAUCGACAAGGCCGGCAUUAGUUCCAAUUACAAAUCGGCUACAUGUUCCUGUUGAAGAAGAACCAUCAAAAGAGAUUGUGGACUUGCCCCAAGGGUUUGAACCUUUGGUGUUGUGGCAGCCGGAGGAUUUUGAAGAGGGAGACUGUAACGCAGUGUCGAUAGCUGUGGAACCUUUGCUUGUUAAUUUCCUGCGGCCCCAUCAAAGAGAAGGGGUUCAGUUCAUGUUUGAAUGCGUUUCAGGGUUAUGCAGUGGUGCCAAUAUCCAUGGAUGCAUUCUGGCUGAUGACAUGGGGUUGGGAAAGACAUUGCAGUCAAUCACAUUGUUGUAUACGCUUCUUCGUCAGGGAUUUGAUGGUAAACCAAUGGUUAAAAAAGCAAUAGUCGUCACUCCUACCAGUCUUGUCAGCAAUUGGGAGGCUGAAAUUAAGAAGUGGGUGGGGGAAAGACUUAAGCUUGUUGCUCUGUGUGAAAGCACUCGGGAUGACGUUGUCUCCGGCAUUGAUAGUUUUAUAAGUCCUCACAGUUUUUUACAGGUAUUGAUUGUUUCCUAUGAGACAUUUCGGAUGCAUUCAUCCAAAUUCAGUCAAAGUGGAUCGUGUGACCUUCUUAUAUGUGACGAGGCUCAUAGGCUGAAAAAUGAUCAGACAUUGACUAAUCGGGCAUUGGCUGCCGUAUCAUGCAAGCGACGCAUUCUGUUGUCUGGGACUCCAAUGCAAAAUGAUCUAGAAGAGUUCUAUGCAAUGGUUAAUUUUACCAAUCCAGGGAUCUUGGGUGAUGCUGCAAAUUUUCGGCGUCAUUAUGAGACACCCAUCAUUUGUGGUAGAGAACCUACUGCCACUGCAGAAGAGAAGAAGCUAGGUGCUGAGCGUUCUGCAGAACUAAGUGCAAAAGUAAAUCAGUUUAUAUUGAGGAGGACUAAUGUAUUGCUGUCAAAUCACUUACCACCGAAGAUAAUUGAAGUUGUUUGUUGCAAGUUGACUCCUCUCCAGUCAGCACUUUACAAUCAUUUUAUUCACUCAAAAAAUGUUAAACAAGCAAUUACUGAAGAGACAAAGAAAUCAAAAAUCUUAGCUUACAUAACAGCUUUAAAGAAGCUCUGCAACCAUCCAAAGCUGAUAUAUGACACAAUAAGAAGUGGGAAUCCAGGAACAUCAGCGUUUGAGGACUGUUUGCACAUUUUUCCUCCAGAAAUGUUCUCUGGAAGAUCUGGAUCAAGGACUGGUGGUGAUGGUCUUUGGGUUGAACUAUCAGGGAAAAUGCAUGUCUUAGCCCGCUUACUGGCACAGCUCCGUCAGAGAACAGAUGACCGAAUUGUCCUAGUCUCAAAUUACACACAGACUCUGGACCUCUUCGCUCAAUUGUGUCGUGAAAGAAGAUAUCCGUUCUUAAGGCUUGAUGGAACUACUUCAAUUAGUAAAAGGCAAAAGUUGGUCAACCAUUUUAAUGAUCCAUCAAAGGAUGAGUUCGUGUUUCUCUUGAGCAGCAAGGCUGGAGGUUGUGGCCUCAAUUUGAUUGGUGGAAACCGACUGGUCUUGUUUGAUCCUGACUGGAACCCGGCAAAUGACAAACAAGCUGCUGCAAGGGUCUGGAGGGAUGGUCAGAAGAAGCGAGUAUACAUCUAUAGAUUUUUGAGUACUGGAACCAUUGAAGAAAAGGUGUACCAGCGUCAGAUGUCAAAGGAAGGGCUUCAAAAGGUUAUUCAGCAGGAACAGACAGAUUCUAAGACCCAGGGAAACUUUCUUUCAACAGAAGAUUUACGUGACCUGUUCACAUUUCAUGAUACUAUCAGAUCUGAAAUUCAUGAAAAGAUGAGUUGCAACCGUUGCCAAAACUAUGAGGUAAUGCUAGAUGAUCGGUUUGAGAAUAUAGAUGAGGUAGGGGAAAUUAAAUCAACAAAUGAAGACUGUCAGGCGGAUCAGGAGGAUAUAGGGGGAUUUGCGAGCAUGGCUGGGUGCUUGCAUAAGUUAAAAAGCUCAGAGAAACAGGUGGGAACCCCGAAAGAAGAAGAUUUAGGUAACUGGGGGCAUCAUUUUUUCCCCACAUCAGUACCUGAUGCUAUUUUUCAAGCUUCAGCCGGAGAUGAGGUCUCCUUUGCUUUCACUAAUCAAGUAGAUGGCAAGCUUGUGCCAGUUGAAUCAAAGGUAAGGCCAAUGGUAGAACUAGUUGAAGGAAACAAGAACCAAACCACUUCAAAGGAAAAUCUAACACGGAAAUUCAUGUUACCGUCUCAACGUCAACCCUCACUUCCAACAAUCUCUUCCCAUGGAAUUUCUAUUGGGGGCCCAUUUCCUGCUUCUUUCAAGCAUUUGCAAAGGCCGCUUACAAAAGUAACAGAAGGUAAAACUUAUGUAGCAUUGAAACCUGCACUCUCUAAAACUCAUGUAGCAUUGAAACCUAAACUCUCUCUUGCAAAUCAAUUACCCCAAAAAAGAUUGUCUCCUGACUGCGUCAGUGAUGAUGAUUUUCAGUAAAUUUUGGGUAUUUCAAAUUAUUAUUUUUUUGUUUCACAUGAACAUGUGGUUAUUAACUAGUUAAAGAUGCUAGAUCAUCUCAACUUUAAAAUUGGCAAGUUUGAUCUAGUUCAAGCAUCCAUCUUUAGAUUCAUUGGACUCCAGUGAUAGGUUUUGACGAGCCUCUUUGAAACUAAAUGAGUUUAAGAGCUAACCGAAACCUAGAACAUUUUGAAAUUGAGAGGAUCCAAACUUGACUUAGCAAGAGUUGAGCAAGCAUUGUGUGAGACUUUGAGCACUUACAAGGAUAGGUUCU